GACUCGGGCUCUGCGAGUUCGCAAUUCGUUGACACUACAGAAAGGAAGCCAUUACACUCAUCGCACAUUCUCCGAUUCACGGACCCUCUGGAAAGUUCCAAACCAUAAUGGUAAAAAUCGGAAUCAUCGGGGGAACUGGUCUCGAGAAGCCGGACCUUCUCAAGAACAGACAGGAAAAAUAUGUGGACACACCCUUCGGAAAGCCCUCCGAUGCUCUGAUAAUCGGGACAAUCGAAGGUGUCGAGGUGGUCAUACUGUCGAGGCACGGACGGAGACACGACAUCAAUCCUACGAAUGUCAACUUCAGAGCGAAUCUUUUCGCUCUGAAAGAAGAAGGCUGCACCCUCAUCGUUGUCACGACGGCGUGCGGCAGUCUGCAAGAGCAAAUCAAGCCCGGUGACUUUGUAGUUCCGGAUCAGUUCAUAGAUCGAACAACGAAACGCAUUCAAACUUUCUACGAUGGAGAGCCGGACCACCUGAAGGGGGUUUGUCACGUACCGAUGGCGGAGCCCUUUUGCAAAGAACUACGCGAAAUCAUCGCCGAAACCUGCUGUGAACUGAGCCUGGUCUGUCACCGCGAGGGAACCGUCAUUUGCAUCGAAGGUCCCCGAUAUUCUUCGAAAGCUGAGAGCAAACUAUUUCGCUCCUGGGGAGCCGAUCUGAUCAACAUGACCAUCGUUCCCGAAGUGGUCUUAGCUGCAGAAUUAGCUCUGCCGUACGCGUCGCUGGCCAUCGCCACCGACUACGAUUGCUGGCGAGAACACGAUGGACAUGUUGACGUAACAUUGGUGAUGGAGAACCUGAGGAGCUCGUCUCAACAUGCUUGCCGAGUUCUGAAAGCGGCCAUCUCCAAAAUCGCCAGCUUUGACUGGACGAAGGUCCAGCAGGAGCUCAGGAAGCAGAUCGAAGUCGCCGUGUCACACCCUGAGUGAGUAAAACCCCUGACGAGGGCU